UUAUUGCGGUGGUUUGGAACAAAACCUGCAGUAUCUCCGAGAUAAGCCUGUAUUUUGAAGCCAGAUUAAAAAUCCUUCCUCUGUAAAACUUCCCUUGAGACAUCCUGAAGAAGUUAUGUGUGUUUGAACCACAUUCCAGCACACUUUGGCUGCUCACUAAUUAUUAGCUUGAGUGUCUCUCCCCAGUUAGACUACAGCACCUUAAGGGUAAAGACCAUCUUUUAAUGCAUUUUUGGGUCUUCUGUACUUACCACAGCCUGCUGCUUUUUCUAAGCAUCCCACAUUCACUCUUUUGAAAGAUGAAACAAUGAACUAAAGUUUAAUAUAGGAUGUAAAACUGACUAGGAUUUAUUAACACUAACACAUGAACUACACUUUAUAGUCUGCAAACUGUUUAUGCAUUAUCUCAUUCCACUGUCACUACAUUUGCCAGGUUAGUUGUUAUCUGACCAUUUGUAGUCAAGACUACUUGUCUAUUAAAUGCCAGUUGUAGUCUGGAGUUUUGUUGCUUGACCCUCGGCCUGAGGAUUCUUUCCACUCUACCAUAGCUAUCAGAGGAGGGGUUCAUUCCAUGUAGGAUGGGUAGCUUUUGAACUGGAGUGAGGGAGCUGGAAAAAACACCCCAGGCCAGGGUAGGGGUGGCGCACCGAUUGACCAAAAGGAAAGCUCAGGCAAGCUACGAGCAGCACACACUGUCAACAGCAAAGGAUGACAACGUCAUCUCGGUCUCUUUCCGUUAUCUCCGGAGUCAAGCUAGUUACGCAACUCCGGGUUUUACCUGUAGCACUGGCUCAACCCCGCCUCUGUCCUUUACCCUGUACUAGCUCCCACCCUUCGCUCCGUUCUGCGCCAGUCUCACGGACGCUGAGACCACCACCAAGCCUCCGAAAGCUCCCAUUGGCUCACCCACCCUUUGAGUCCCGUCUCCUCCGCCCGAGGCCCCGCCCCCUCGCUGCGCUCUCGUUUCCGUUCCGCCGGGACCCGAGGCGUAGGCGGCCAAAUCCAACCGUACCGCGACGGAGCAGUCGAGCAGCCGGAAGCGGCCACUCUUGCCUGGAAUCCCACUGCCUUGUGGGACUGUGGCAGGCUACUCCGGCCUGGGCAAGUUUUCCGGCUUCCUUCCUCCCGCCCCCCUAUUCGUCCCGCCUCCCUUGUCAAGUACGGAAGCUGAGAAGGUCCGCGGGCAGCCAUGGCGGCGCACCUCAAGAAGCGGGUGUACGAGGAGUUCAGUAAGGUGGUUCAGCAACAACAGGAGGAAAUCACUACUAAGAAACUCCGACUGACAAAACCAAGUAAAUCUGCAGCUCUCCAUAUAGAUCUGUGUAAAGCUACCUCCCCAGCAGAUGCUUUGCAGUACCUACUGCAGUUUGCCAGGAAGCCUGUUGAGGCAGAAAGUGUGGAGGGAGUAGUCAGGAUUCUCUUGGAACAUUAUUAUAAGGAGAAUGAUCCAUCCGUGAGACUGAAAAUUGCAUCAUUAUUGGGUUUAUUGUCAAAGACUGCAGGAUUUUCACCAGAUUGUAUUAUGGAUGAUGCUAUUAACAUCCUGCAGAAUGAAA